CUAGAGCAUGUUUAUAUGUAUAAAAACUAUACAAAGUGUACAAAAUACACAUUGACGUGGGAAAAUAUAAUUAUCUUGUUUUGUUUGUAAAACAAAAUCAUGAUAAAAUAUGUUGACUCCAAAUAAUUUAUUAGAACACAAAAACAAAUUAAGGAAUUCUGCAUGUCAUCUAUUUUUAUAAAUAUAUUUGACGUGUCAAACUGAAGAAAAAGAAAUAUGAAGAUUAGAAAAAUUAUUGCAGCUUUGGUAGCUGGAUUACUCAUUGCCUGUUGUGUUAUGAUUUAUUUAAUGUUAGAUGUGACACUUUUUCCUCUGGGACAUGAAUUCAAAAAUUCUGUAAAAGACAAUCAAUGGUUGUAUUUGGAAAAUAGGCUUGCAAAAUUAGAAAAAGAAUGGAAACAUCACCACGACGCUGUUACAAGUCGUCAAACGGAUCCUCAAGUGAAGGAACGAGUAUUUUAUUCCGCAGCUGAAUUACAAGCUGAUCCAAAUAGUUUAUUAAGCAAUCCCACAGAUAAGACUUCAACUUGUAAUAACUUUGACAUGACAAAAACUCCCCGAGUCGCUAUUCAAAUGUUAAAUGUCUAUAAGCAGCUGAAAUUCGACAAUCCCAACGGUGGAGUUUGGAAGCAGGGGUGGAAUAUUACAUAUGACGAGAAGGAAUGGCACAGAAAUAGAAAGCUCAAAGUUUUUGUCGUUCCUCAUUCACACAAUGACCCUGGCUGGCUUAGUACCUUCGAACACUAUUACACUUUUCAAACUCAAAGAAUUUUAAAUAAUAUGGUGACGCACUUGGCGAAAGAUAAACGACGAAAAUUCAUUUGGGCGGAAAUGUCAUAUUUCAAGAUGUGGUGGGACGAACAGAGUAUAGAUACCAAAGAAGUAGUGAGACGACUCGUGCAUGAUGGUCAGUUGGAAUUAGUUUCUGGCGGCUGGGUGAUGCCCGACGAAUCAGUGUCUCAUUGGAUAGCUCAGUUGACUCAGUUAACGGAGGGCCAUCAGUGGUUGAAGGCCAAUCUCGACUACGUCCCGAGCAGUGGAUGGACCAUCGACCCUUUCGGCCUGUCGCCAACGAUGCCCCUUCUCUAUAAAGGUGCUCAAUUGGAGAACCUCGUCAUCCAGAGGGUUCAUUACUCGGUGAAAAAAGAACUUGCAAAGAAGAAGAAUUUGGAAUUUAAUUGGAGACAAUUGUGGGACAAUGAAGGUUCGACAGAACUGUUUACUCACAUGAUGCCUUUUUACAGCUACGAUGUUCCACACACCUGCGGACCCGACCCCAAAGUCUGCUGUCAGUUUGAUUUCCUACGUCUGUUGAAUUUCGGUGUCACGUGUCCUUGGAAAGUGAAUCCAAAAUCAAUAACAAAGGCAAAUGUUGCUGAGCGUGCAAAUCUUUUAUUGGAUCAGUAUAGAAAGAAGGCCCAACUAUACAGAACCAAUGUUCUUCUUGUUCCAUUGGGAGACGAUUUCAGAUAUUCACAGUCACUAGAGUGGGAUGCACAGUACGACAAUUAUCAGAAGCUGUUUGAUUAUAUAAACAAAAAUCAGCAAUUGAAUAGUCAAGUUCAGUUUGGAACUCUCACGGAUUACUUCAAUGCAGUGAGAAAAUCAAAGGCUAGUAAUGAAUUUCCAAGUCUCUCUGGGGACUUUUUCACAUAUGCCGAUAGAGAUGAUCAUUAUUGGAGCGGAUAUUACACCUCCAGACCUUUUCAUAAACGACUGGACCGAGUACUUUUAGGAUCGAUUCGAGGAUCGGAAUUAUUAUCAACAAUUGCUUGGAUAAAGGGAUAUGAUCAAUUAGCAGAGGAAAAAAUUACUUCAAAGAUCAGUGAAGCCAGAAAGUGGCAUUCUCUAUUUCAACACCACGAUGGAGUCACUGGAACUGCAAGAGACAAUGUUGUUGUUGAUUAUGCGCAAAAAAUGAUAGCAGCUUUAAAUAAUUCAGCCCACGUUCUUCAGCAAUCGGUGGCACAUUUACUGAAAAUCCCCCCGAAUUAUCAAGUCAAUUCGGACGAAACAUAUUUUACUCUAGAUGAAGUUCGAUCGCAUCAUACGAGUGUGGGUAAGAAAAAAGUGUUAAUUCUUGGAGAAGACUACUCUUCAAAGAAAGUUAUUUUCUACAAUUCCCUACCAAGAGAAAGAACUCAAGUUCAGAGGAUUUUAAUUUCCGUACCCAGAGCAAAAGUGACAGAUCGAAUGGGUCGACCGGUAGAAUGUCAAAUAUCACCAACUUGGGUUAGUCCGGCAACUAUUUCGACUACACGAUUCGAGCUCUCUUUCCUCAUAACUGUUCCAGGAUUUGGACUGACCACCUACAUAAUUCAUACCGUAUCUGGAAAUACUUUGCCAAAAGAAGUACACCUGGCAAAGGUGAUUCUUUACGUGCCGUCCAAUGCAACGCUGUCUUUCUCCGGCGUCCCCGAAUUCAAUAGUCCACAAAUAAUUUCAAACACUCAGGACUUUUCAAUAAGUCAAAAUUCCAAUCUUUCCGCCUCCUUUGGACAAUCGGGUCUCUUGAAGGCUUUGCGCGUUGACAAAUUGACGAUUCCAGUACAUUUAGAAUUUGUCAAGUAUGGAACGAGAGAUGUGGGUCAGGAUAGGAGCGGCGCUUAUCUAUUUCUGCCAGACAAGCCAAAACCCGACUUGGUGUCAACGGGAAACAAUCAAAUUGUUCAUCUAGUCACCGGUCCUCUUUUAUCGAGAGUUUUUGUUGAAUUUCCCUACGUGCGACACACUUGUACGCUAUUCAAUUCGCCAGGAAGCGAUGGACUUGGUUUGCAGAUUAUGAAUAAGGUUGACAUUUCGGAGACGCACAAUUUUGAGCUUGCAAUGAGAUUGCACACAGACAUUGCGUCGGAAGAUGAAUUUUUCACGGAUCUCAAUGGACUCAAUAUGAUACGAAGACAACGAUUUUCAAAGAUUCCAAUUCAAGGAAACUAUUAUCCUCUUGCCUCAGCAGGAUAUAUUCAAGAUAAACGCGUGAGAUUAACAAUUCUCACCGCCACACCUUUAGGAGCAUCAUCCAUGGAUUCAGGACAAUUUGAAAUAAUGCAAGACCGACGACUAAUGCAGGAUGAUAAUCGAGGUUUAGGACAAGGCGUUACGGAUAAUUUAUUGACAAAUCAUCUGUUUAGUGUUAUUGUUGAAAGACUGAAUUCUCCUUGUUCUCAUAUAGCAGAGGAUCAUCCUUCAGGACUUUUAUCCCUUGCAGCUCAUUUAUCUUCCGAAGAACUUCUUCAUCCAAUUGUUGCUUUGCAUCCACGUUCAACUCUUCCGUUUGAGCUGAAAGCCUUCUUUUCCCCUCUUUCUUUUGAUCUUACUUCCGAUAUUAAUGUCAUCAGCUUACGGAUUAUUUCUGUUCCUGAAGGUGCAGGAAAAGGUAUUGGAAUGGUUCUUCAUCGUCAGGCUCUUGAUCAUUACUGUGUUGGAGAGUCUCUUGAAAGUAGAUUUAAAAUUUCCAAAAGUGGUCAAAUUGAUCUGAAUAGGUUUUUGAAUUUUACGGAACACUGGACUUUAAGUGAAGCUCCCUUAACUUUUCAUAAUGUUGGAGUAACGAAGAAAUCGUCUUUAGUUCAUCUUUGUCCGCAUCAAGUUUUAGCAACACUUUCCUACAGAUCUCAUUCAUAGUAAA